AUGCAUAAUAGCACACCUCUUAUUUUUGACGUUCCACCUGUUUUCAGGGUGGAGUCUAUUAUUGGGCAAGGAUCAUAUGGUGCGGUGUGUAAGGCCGUCUACGAAAAUGAUAAAAUUGCCAUUAAAAAAAUUCCAAACUACGCAAAAAGUGAAGAGACAGCACGUCGUGUUUUGCGGGAAAUUGAAAUAUUACAGAAUUUACAGUUUUGUGAACAAGUAGUGGGAUGUCGCUUGUUAUUUAGACCAACGAGUCGUGAAAAGGAUGUGUACAUGGUAAUGGAUUACGUCCCUUCAGAUCUUUCAACAGUUAUAAAGAAUAAAUCCAUUCCUCUUCAAGAGAAUGUUAUUCGAUAUAUAACUUGUCAAAUGCUACUUGCCCUCCGCGCAAUGCAUCGCUGUAAAGUCUUACACCGUGACUUGUCUACACGUAAUAUACUCAUUAACUACAAUUCACAGGUUUUUGUGUGUGAUUUUGGUCUUAGUCGUUUCUUUGACCCUGAUGAACAACUUUCCUUUGGUGUCGUCACUCAAUGGUAUCGUGCUCCUGAGAUUAUUCUUGACGCUGAAUACGAUGCUGCAAAUGAUAUUUGGAGUGUUGGAGUGAUUGUGUGUGAACUGCUACUUCGUCGUUAUUUAUUCCCGGGUAAAUCCAAUGACUCUGCAGAUCAACUGAACCUUAUCUUUCAUCUGGUAGGUACACCAUCAUCAUCCGUCUUUGAUCAAGGACAACCUUUUGCUCGUGCAUCUGUUAAUGCCAAAAACUACGCUUUAUCAGUAAUAGAAAGACGUCAAUGCAAAUCCAUAUUACGUGAAGUUCUUUCUCACUCACCACUAUUACAAGGAAAAGAUGGGGAAAACUCACUUGUUAUCGAUCUUGCAGAAAAACUGCUCUCAUUUAACCCACGUGAUCGUCCAACAGCUGAUGAGGCCCUCAGGCAUCCAUGGUUUCAACCAUGUCGUGAGUUUAUUGAUGAGAUGAUUGCAGCACAGGACGAUCAUCAACCAACACCACAGUUUUCAUCAAGUAGUUCCCUCUCUAUGGAGGAAGUAGUGCAGAAGAUUGAAGAACUUGUUCCAUUAUUCUCUGAGGAACUCCUCAUAAGUGAGGAUGAAGCUUAA